AUGCAGAGGAACUUCAACACAUUUGAACUACCGCAGGAUAUUCAACCAUCACAUAUUGCCACCAACGAUGAGGGACUCACGAUACAAUGGUCAGAAAAUCUACACAAGAGUUUCUAUCCGUGGGACUUUCUUGAAUCUUACUUGAAGUCUGACAAGCCAACGCCGGAAGCUGUUGACAUCAACUUCUUCGGAGUAGACGGACAUGAGAAGGCCGAAAUGAUGUAUGAGAAAGUCCUGCAAGAGCCCAAGGCUAUCGGACGUCUCACGGACCUGAUCAGACGCAAUGGGUUUGCGUUCGUAACGGGCGUUCCAACCAGUUCCGCCAACGCCACGGAGAAGUUCCUCGAACAAAUUGCUUUCAUCCGACAAACUCAUUACGGCGGCUUCUAUGAUUUCGUACCGGACCUUGCUCUUGCCGAUACGGCCUAUACGAACAUAGCGCUAGGCGCACAUACUGAUACAACCUACUUCACCGAUCCCGCCGGACUUCAGGCUUUUCAUCUGCUUUCGCAUGUGGAUACCGCAUCUGAGAGAGACUCGGGCGCUGGCUUAGGGGGUCAGUCCCUCCUCGUCGACGGCUUCUAUGCAGCAAGCCUGUUGAAGUCGGAGGACCCAAAAGCUUUCGAGGUGCUCAGUCAAGUCAGACUCCCUUGGCAUGCCAGUGGCAACAAGGGAAUCACGAUCUCCCCUGACAAGAUGUAUCCUGUGCUUGAGGUUGACGAAACCACGGGCAGGGUGCAUCGACUCAGGUGGAACAACGAUGAUCGUGGUGUGGUUCCCUUUGGCAGUCUAUACUCGCCCAUGGAAUGGUAUGCUGCCGCAAGGAAAUGGAAUGAAAUCUUGAGAAGAAAGUCCGUUGAGUACUGGUUUCAGCUGAAACCUGGCAAUGUCUUGAUCUUCGAUAACUGGCGAGUUCUCCAUGGCAGGAGCGCAUUCACCGGAGUACGGAGAAUGUGCGGAGGGUAUAUCAAUCGCGAUGACUUCGUCUCAAGAUGGAGGAAUACCAACUUCCCAAGGGCAGAGAUACUGAAGCGAGUCAUCGGUUAA